AUCUGGAAUGAUUACAAGCUUCGGUGGAAUCCAGCCGACUAUGGAGGUGCUGAAUUCAUCCGAGUACCAUCUGGCCAGAUCUGGAAGCCAGAUAUUGUUUUAUAUAACAAUGCAGUUGGGGAUUUCCAGGUUGAUGACAAGACAAAGGCGCUAUUAAAAUACACAGGUGAUGUGACCUGGAUACCUCCAGCUAUAUUUAAAAGCUCAUGUAAAAUAGAUGUAACUUACUUCCCAUUUGACUACCAGAACUGCACCAUGAAGUUUGGUUCCUGGUCUUACGAUAAAGCCAAAAUUGAUUUAGUUUUAAUUGGCUCUACGAUGAAUUUGAAAGAUUACUGGGAGAGUGGAGAAUGGGCUAUUAUUAAAGCUCCUGGGUAUAAACACGACAUCAAAUACAACUGCUGUGAAGAGAUAUAUCCAGACAUCACAUACUCUCUUUACAUUAGGCGUUUGCCUUUAUUUUACACUAUUAAUAUGAUUAUUCCAUGUCUGCUGAUUUCUUUUCUGACUGUAUUAGUUUUCUACUUGCCCUCAGACUGUGGUGAGAAGGUGACACUCUGCAUAUCGGUCCUUCUGUCCUUAACAGUGUUUCUGCUUGUUAUCACUGAAACUAUACCUUCUACCUCCCUGGUAAUUCCACUUAUUGGGGAGUACCUCCUUUUCACCAUGAUAUUUGUCACUCUGUCUAUUGUCAUCACAGUAUUUGUACUUAACGUGCACUACAGAACACCCAAGACACACACAAUGCCUGUGUGGGUGAGAACCAUUUUCUUGAACUUACUUCCCAAGAUUAUGUUUAUGACAAGGCCUGCCAGUGACGAAGAGAAUAAUCAGAAGCCAAAACCAUUUGUCACUUCUGAGUUUUCAAAUGUAAAUUUUGGUUCCGAAACCAAAUGCUGCAAAGAUGGCUUUGUAUGUCAAGAUACGGCAUGCAGCUGUUGUCACUACCAACGAAUGAAGUUCUCAGAUUUCAGUGGCAAUCUGACAAGAAGUUCAAGCUCUGAGUCUGUAGAUCCUCUGCUUUCAUUUUCGGUUCUGUCACCAGAGAUGAGGGAUGCUAUUGAAAGUGUUAAAUACAUUGCAGAAAAUAUGAAAAUGCAGAAUGAAGCGAAAGAGAUUCAGGAUGACUGGAAAUACGUUGCCAUGGUAAUUGAUCGUAUUUUUCUAUGGGUUUUCAUCCUGGUAUGUAUUCUAGGAACAGCAGGAUUGUUUUUACAACCUUUGAUGGCUGGAGAUGAAAUGUAA